AUGCCAAUUGGGCAGCCGCAAUCCGUCCCGGAGGGUCUUCCAAAAGCCCCUCCACAAAUUCUAACAAAUCCAAUUUUGACGGGCCCGACAGGCCUGGGAGAAUCUUCUCAAGUCUUGGGCGAUUCAGCUCCUACGUCAAACCGGUCAUCCUUUGACUACACCAGAUCCUAUUCGACUCCAGCGACCGGCGCUCAAACCCCAGAUCCUCUGCUGGGGAACAAGAAUGUUUUCGAUAAGCAAGCACUAAAAGUAUCGGAGACCAUCACUAGUCUUAGUCAGGCUGCUGACGACGGUCAUGAACUCGACUCUCUUGGCCAUCGCUUGACUAACCGAAAACCCUCGGUAUCCCGAUGUCGAAAUGAAACCGAUGAAUCGGCCUCGCCGACCCGAAGGAAGCAAGGUAUUCCGCCUGAGAUUUCGAGCUUCACUGCCGAAAUUGUGCUAAUUAUGGUGUGUUCUGCGGGACUGAUGUUAUUCUCCUUCCUUCUGGGAGAUAUGCUAGCACCACAAGAGCAAUUGAAGCGUGCUCUUGGCAUCAACAACACCCAGCUUCCAUGGGUUGUGGGUGCCUUCAACACCGCGAACGGCUUGUCUGUGGUAAUUUCCGGGUCACUAUCUGAUCUCGCUCCUCCAAAGAGUCUGAUGGUUGGUGCGUUUGCCUGGCUGUCAGUGUGGAACAUUGUCGGAGUUUUCUCUCUGCAGCCAUCUCGCUAUGUUCUGUUCUUUGUCAUGCGAGCAAUGCAAGGACUGGCCAUUGGCGUCCUGGUCUCCGGCAGCAUGAGUAUCCUUGGACGGGUAUAUAAGCCAGGCAUUCGCAAGAAUCGGGUGUUUUCCGCUAUGGCUGCGACUGCGCCGUUUGGCUUUUCGCUUGGUGCGCUUCAGGGCGGUGCAUUGAAUGGUCAUCUUGAAUGGAUCUUUGGAACCAAUGCGGUCAUCUGUGCCUUGUGCUGUAUGGCUGCUUAUUUCAGUAUCCCGAAGCUGCGACUCGAGGCUGAUGUUGCGGGGACUGAAGCUCCAACUAUGCGGCAGUUUGACUACAUCGGCGGAGGCUGCGCAGCCGGCGGCUGCGUUUGCUUGCUGUUCGGCUUAACCCAGGGACCCGUUACAGCUUGGUCUCCAUACACUUACGCCCUCAUCAUCGUGGGGUUGCUUCUCUUGGUUGGGCUCUUCUUCGCCGAGCGAGCAGCUAUCCGCCCAUUGAUCCCUAAUCGACUGUGGCGAACGCCUGGGUUCACCCCUCUGAUGGUCGCGUACUUCCUGGGCUUCGGGUCGUUCUUCGGCGCCUGGCAAUUCUAUGCCAUUCAGUUUUGGCUUCGUAUCCAAGGUGCCACACCACUCGACGUUGCACUCUAUCACAUUCCGAAUGCCAUUGUGGGAGUCCUCGCGACAUGGGUUGUGAGUCGCACCAUUCAUAUCGUCCCCGGCCAUUAUAUCUACGCCGUUUCUAUGCUGGCGUUCACCCUCGGCCCCGCCUUCUUUAUCCCUCAGACAGCCAACACGAUAUAUUGGAAGCUUUCCUUUCCUGGAGUUGCUCUCGUCACUUUCGGUCCCGAUCUGGCCUUUGCAGCAGCUUCCAUAUUCAUCACCAGUAACGUCGCUCGUUCAUAUCAAGGCAGUGCUGGAAGUCUGCUAGUUACGAAUCAGAACCUUUCUUCGGCAAUCAUGACCAGUAUUGCCGAUGCCAUUGGCACGAGGGUCGAUAGAGGGCCAGAUGGACAGAUAGGCCUUGAGGGACUACGCGCCAUCUGGUGGUUCGCUUUGGCUGCGCAGUUGACUGCAGCUCUUGUCACGAUUAUUUGGGUUAGAAUUCCAAAAGAGGAGGAGAAGGAGCAUGUCACCUGA